CGAAUGUACGUUCGACUACGACGCCCCGGAAGUUAUCUCUUCCUUUAGACUUCCUCUAUUGAUCGCGCUGUAUCGGAGCCUUCUUGGAGGUUGAAUUUACAGAAAUGCCGCCAAAAAGAGGAAAAGUACAAAAGGAAGAAGUUCAAGUAUCCCUUGGACCUCAACUCCGCGAAGGUGAAGUUGUUUUUGGUGUUGCACAUAUUUUUGCAAGUUUUAAUGACACUUUUGUACACGUAACCGAUUUAUCGGGCAGAGAAACUAUUGCUAGAGUUACUGGUGGAAUGAAAGUCAAAGCAGAUCGUGAUGAAGCUUCUCCAUAUGCUGCUAUGCUUGCUGCUCAGGAUGUAGCAGAAAAAUGUAAAUCUCUUGGAAUCACAGCCCUUCACAUCAAGUUAAGAGCUACAGGAGGAAACAAAACAAAAACACCUGGUCCAGGUGCACAGUCAGCUUUACGUGCUCUCGCACGUUCUAGUAUGAAAAUCGGCCGUAUUGAAGAUGUCACACCUAUUCCAUCUGAUUCUACGCGUAGAAAGGGUGGUCGUCGUGGACGCAGAUUGUAAUUUAUGAUUUUGUCCGUGGUUUACCAACAUUCAACAAUAAAUAUUGUAUUGUAUUUUUA